GCUAGUUUCAACACCACGCCACCGGAGAGAGCAGCUGAUAAACAACCGCUUCCCUCCACCGAAAGUUCUUUGUUCGUCUUCAGCGUUAACUAAAAGCAUGAGCGCCACCACGGCUGACAAGAUGAGCAUGUCUCUGGACGACAUUAUCAAGCUCAAUAAGAAAGGAGGCAGCGGCCGCGAGAGAGGAUCGUACGGGUCGGGUGGAAGUUCAGGUCGGGCCGGUGGAUCGUCGAGGCCGGUGCGGAGUCGACAGAAUAACUUCAACCGUGACAGAAACAACAGAUCCACACCAUACACCAGGCCCAGAGAGUUACCAGACAAAUGGCAGCACGAUAUGUUUGAGGAGCAUGCUGGUGGGCGCAGAGAACAAAGUGCAGGAGCAGAAAGAAGUGUAGAAAGUAGUGGUAAACUGCUGGUUUCCAAUCUGGACUUUGGCGUCUCUGACUCGGAUAUCAAGGAAUUGUUUGCGGAGUUUGGGACAUUAAAGAAAGCAUCUGUCCAUUAUGAUCGGUCUGGGCGCAGUAAAGGAACUGCAGAUGUUUACUUUGAAUCUCAAACGGAUGCACUCAAAGCCAUGAAGCACUAUAAUGGUGUCCCACUUGAUGGCCGUCCCAUGAAAAUCCAGCAAGUGACGUCAGAAGUUGUUGUUCACCAUUUUGGCUGUUUCUAUAUAAUGUUUCUUAGGAAAAUUCUGUGUAGUAACUCUUUAAUUUACUCUAAAGAUUUAGCCGUAUUUAAAAAAAUCUUUGUGACUUUUUGCAGCUCAAGCAGCGGGUUUGACCGCAGCAGGCUUGGACAGCCCAAGUUUGAAAGGAGUGAAAGGAGUGACAGGAGUGACAGGAGUGAAAGGAAUGAGAGGAGGCAAGGUGGCGGCAGUGGAGGUUUCAGAGGUCGGGGUAGAGGUAGAGGAAACAGACCCCAACUUUCUGCAGAGGAGCUGGAUGCCCAGUUGGAUGCUUAUAAUGCCAAGUUUCAGAUGGACACCAGUUAGAAGAGCUGAGAGAGAUGCUGCUGCCGUACCUUUCUGCGUACCUUCAUACUCCCUUUUUUUGUGUUAAAUCUGGUUGAUCAGAUGUGAUGGAUCGGACCUUAUUACACCUUGUUGUGUUUUUAAGCCAUUUUGCUGUAUGGACCAUUAUAUUCUUUUGAUUUUAAUAUUUCUCAGUAUUUUUGUAGCCAUGUUUUCAGGGGCAGUUUUAUGUAUUGAGGAUUUUUCUCCUAGGCCACCAACUCCUGUGAUUUUCUCCAAAUGUAUGGAAAAUUGCCAUUUACCUGCAAACAUGAUUGAUUUUUUUUUUUUUUGGUAAUGAAAUCAUGUAAACAUGAUUCAGUAGUUUGACAGACUGUCCAAUGUAAUGUUAAAAAUGUAAAAUGUUCAUGUACAUCAGUUUUGUCAUUUGGUACUGUAUACUUGACAUAUGGACAUAUAUCACAAGGGUUUUGUAUAUAAAUAGUUUUAUUGAAUCGUC